AUGGUAGGGAUUUCGUUUGGGACUAUAAAGUCCCUUCUAUUAUUCGCUGGACCAAUACUUUUACCCAAAGCAAUUGGAUAUUAUCGAUCUCAGCGCGCAGCACCUCAAGCCAAUGGUCUCACAGUUCGACCCGUUCCUCCAAAUGUUUCUCGCGCUCUCACAAUCCUCUUCAUAACCUCACUCGCCUUCCUCAUAAAAACAUUCCCUACAUUUACCACGCCCUCCGUCUUCACACUCACUCAAUCCCGUCUACUUAUUCCCACCGAUGUCCUCUUUACCCGUCUCCAUGCUUUACGUCCCAAUGGUUUCACUCCCCAAGAUGAAUCUCUUCGAAGUUCAUUUGCGAGUCGAGAGAUGCGACUCUUGUAUCUAAAAUACGGUCCGGAAACCAUUACAGAAUGUUCUUUUUGCAACCCCGAAGAUCCAGCAUCUUAUUUAUACUACUCUUUAUUGUCCAUCACCAUACCGCAUCUCUUCAAUCUUUGCGUUAUCGCCCUCGCAACUAGUAAUCUCUUUAUUGGAAAAGAAACUAAUAUCUGGCGAGGAAAAGCUACCAUUGUAGCUGGUGCGAUUGCCAUUUUGGAUAUCUUCAUCGUCGCACGAUGGAAUCAUUCAAAUAAUGCCACAGCUCUGAGACUGGAGGAUAUCGAUCACUUUUAUUGGAAUAUGCAGCUUUAUCGCAGUAUAGCAUUAGCAGCUCUCGACGGUCUCAUAGGUUGGUGUUUGUAUUUAUCUUCCACCAAUCGAGCUUUUCUCGCUCCUCCUAGUACAGCGGAGAAAAUAGAAAGUACGACGAGAAUUAUUGAACAAGCGAGAGGGAAAUUGAAUGGGGUGGCAUUAAUGCGUAAUGCGACAGUAAGAGAUAAAGAGCUGAGGAAUACAGUAGAAGAAUAUUGGGUGAGGGAGGCGACUGUUAUGAGAGAGGUAUUGGAGACGAGAGAGGUAGUCGAUGGGGUUAGGAAUGCCUUAGAUGGUAGACUUGAUUUAGUUCAGGUACAGAGAGAUGCGGAGGGGUUUACAGAGGCUGUUCUUGGAGGUGCGGGGAAUGUAAUUACGUGA